ACCAUUUACUACUACUGCUACUAGGUACCUACCUCUAACUCUACUCUUUACCUCUUUUUAUUUUUUUAUUUUUUUUAUUCUCACCCCAACACUAACCCAAAAUUAAACCUUAAGCAUUGGCAAGUUCCUUACCAAUUCGACUUGGCGUAUUACAGAAUAAGAGUAGUACUACGGUACAUCCACGGUUUUUAGUGAUACUACUUUACUUCUUUCACACCCCAUUACCAUCAUAACAUAUUACCUUUAAACGCACCCUUUACUUUACACCUUACAUAACCCUUCUUUUCCACCAUUAUUAGUCUUUUCCCUAAACAACUACAUACUCGACGCGUCGUUAUCUUUUAUACAUCUUAUCUGGCUGAAUUGCCAUACCCAUUGUCGCGUCGCCCGACUAUGGACUCACCUACAACCAUGUCGCCGACGCGCGCACUCUCUUCAGAGUCCAGCAUUGGUGCUGCUGCCGACACUUUCUCUGCCGCCGCGUCUCUUAGCUCUACACCCCCUAGCACCGUUGCCGACACAGCCAGCUUGGCCUCAGAUAUAUCCAAGAACGACAAUGUCACCCCAAUUGGCCUUGUUAGCGAACCUGCUGACUCGGCCGAGGUCGACGCGACCACCGAGGUGGCCGACUCUAUUGUCGCGUCUGCCGACCCUCCGAACCCAGUUCAGCCUUCCGAGUCACCUGCGCAAACUGCCCUAGAUGCACCUGUCAUAGAUGCACCUGCCAAUGGACGCUCGCGCCGACAGCGCCUUAGCACCCCUAUAUACAACCUUGCAAAAUUAGCUGGCACUGCUAUCCAUGGCAAGCGACGAUCCAAAGGCGACAUCGUAUCUGACCGAAGACGACGCCAUACAACUGCCGGCGAGAUUCAAGUUGCGAACGAAGAGGAAGUGGAUAAUGAUGCAGCAUCUAUGAAGUCUACCAAAUCCAAGCUUUCUACGCUAAAAGAUGCCGUUCCCGCGAGACGCAUUUCGACGCGUUCGACAGGUGUGGAAGCGGAGACGUUAGCAAGCAAACUAUCUACUCUGGGAAAGAGGGGUAGGAAGACUUUUGAGAAGGGUUUAAGCAAGAUGUCGCGUGAGUUGCGCCGUUUGCAAGAUACGGACGAGUUUGCAGGAAUUGAUAAGAAGCCUGUCGUAUACACCACUUGGGUUAAUGGAAAGUAUGUAUCUCCGGAAGAUUCGCAACCCCCCCGAAAGAAGGCGAAGGUUGCAACAGAGACGCCAGAGGUUACUGCUCCAGAGCCCGAACCUGUUGAACUUGGCCCGGUUGUUAAGAAGAGACGGGUUAAGAAAUAUCUCGAUCGUGGCCUAUACGCUGGUCAGGAGACCCCGCAGGAUAUAUAUAAAGGACUUACACUCUCAGAAAAGAAGAGCUUGGCACAAUUGCCUGAGCUGAUGCCGAGCGGCAAGGUGAACACCACUUUGCCUAUGCCCAUAUACAAUGGUAUGCGCACAUUAAUCCAGGGCAGGGAUUUUAAGCUGCCUUUUGACAUCUGUAACCCUCUUCCUCCGGGACAGCCCAAGCCUGACGAAUGGAAGAAAAUUACGAAGAAUCGAUUCGUUGGUGAUGCCGCGGCUUAUUGGAAGAAGACACCCCACUUCAAGGACUACCAGUCUAAGUGUGUAUGCACCCCGGAAGAUGGAUGCGGGGAGAGUUGCCAGAAUAGAAUCAUGCUCUACGAGUGUGAUGAGACCAACUGUAAUGUUGGCUCGGGCUUAUGCCAGAACCGCGCUUUUGCGAGACUCCAGGAGCGGAUUAAGGAAGGAGGAAAGUACCGCGUAGGAGUUGAGGUUAUCAAGACUUCGGAUCGUGGUUAUGGCAUUCGUGCCAACCGUUGCUUUGAGCCUAAUCAAAUCAUCAUGGAGUAUACCGGUGAGAUUAUCACCGAAGAGGAGUGCGAUCGGCGCAUGAAUGAGAAGUACAAGGACAAUCAGUGUUAUUACCUAAUGUCGUUUGAUCAGAACAUGAUCAUUGACGCUACGACUGGUAGUAUCGCUCGUUUCGUCAAUCAUUCAUGUUCACCAAAUUGCCGGAUGAUUAAGUGGAUUGUCUCGGGACAGCCUCGCAUGGCCCUCUUCGCGGGUGACCGCCCCAUCAUGACAGGCGAGGAGUUAACGUACGACUACAACUUUGACCCUUUUUCUGCUAAGAACGUCCAAAAGUGUCUCUGCGGUAGCUCGAAUUGUCGAGGAGUCCUGGGUCCGAAGCCCAAGGAAGUGAAGCAGCCGAAGCAGCCCAAGGAGACGGGAGCCGGCAAGAAGGGUGCCAGCGGUGGAAAGAGGAAGCUCAAGGAGGCGCUCGGUGAGAAGGAAGAAGCAGAAGGCAGCGCAACGAAGAAGCGCAAGAUCAAGACCGCGACGGGAGUGAAGGCGCAGAGUGUUAAGCGCACCCUCUCUACUGCUGGUCUUAAAGCUGCUAAGGGUGCUGCUAAAGGCGUCGCCAAAGGUGCCGCCACAGCUAUUAAGCGUAGCGUGUCGACAAUCUCCGUCAACACGAAAUCGGUUCUGGGCCCGAAGGGUUCUCCGAGUCGUAAGACAUCAGCGGUCCGAAAGUCGAAGACUGUAGUUAGAACCUACAGUAAGGCUAAGGUACAGUCGAAGCUACCGGCGGCUUUCCGCACCACUCUUCGAAAGCCCGCAUCGCGCAGCUCGAGUUCUACAAUAGUCGCAGCAGGUUCCGAGGAUGUGCCUGAAGAGGAAGAAGAAGAUGCGGAUUUGCCAAUGGCCGGUACUAGCAAGACAGCAGCACCCUCGAAGGAUGAUGAAGUCGAGGAAGUUGAGAAUGAUGUUGAGCCCGACCAAAAAGCAGCCGACGUACCCCGAUCUGUGAGCAGAAUUCGUCUUGUUCACUCGUGAGAUAUCCUCACGUAUAAGCUAUUAACAGUGGCCCUUUCAUCACAUGGCAACUGAAGCGAAAACACGGUCAUUAUUCGUAUAAUGUGGGGCUUCAAACCAGCCCGAAUCCUUGAAGAAUGGACCAAUAAUACACCAAUAUCACCUGGGGCUUCAUCGCCUCAGCAUCUCCUUUACCGACUCAUUGGCGA